GAACUGAGAAGUGGCAUCUCUGGAUGGAUGCAAGAAUCCCACAGGAAAUGGAGCCAAGGGAAGAGCAGAGCUCAGUCCCACUCCAAGCUUGCAAUGGGCAAAAGAGCCAGAGAAAGCCGAGGCACAAGUGGUGCCUUGGAGGUGUGAGGGCAGCAGGCAAGUAUGGAGUCGUAUGGGCCCAGAGGAGCCCUGACAGGGGGCUGUGCCCAGUGCUACAGGAGGACAAGAAGCAGGCCCCAGGCCACCCUUGGGGCCCACCCUGGGAUUCUGGAAAGCUUCUUGCCCACAGCUGCAGGGCAUGACAGGCCAUCUUCAUGGGGCAUGAGCAGCAGGCAGCAACCGAGCCAAAAGGGACUGAAGUAGCGGUGAACAGUGAUCAUGCUCAGUGCUGCAGAGGAGGUCAGAACUCCCUGGGAACCAGUGCCAAUCUGCCCUGGGGGAAGAUUCCUUCUUGACCCAGGUGCUACUGAUUGGCCAUCCUGAAAAUGAACUCUGGAAUUAAUGGACCCCAUGGAAACACAAAUCUCCUUAGAGAACCACAUCCCAUCCUGCUUGUUAGCCAGAGACAGCUGGACAGGACAACCCAGGGUCAGCCAGGCCAAGUGCCAGUGGCACAACAGAUAGAGUCUCCAAGGAUGCUCAGAGAACCCUGGAUACUGGGCUCAUUCAUCAAAGCAGCAGGAACUUUUAGAAGUUUUACUUCACACCGAACAUGAACUAAACUCCUGCUCAGCUGGCACUGAUUGAGGGGAGAAAGGUCUGCUAUGGCAGAUUUGGAAGGCAGUCAAGGUUGCCAGUACAGAACAGCCGACUGUAACAUCAGCAGUCCACAGACUCCAUGGAUGGCAACCUGAGUGAGCAAUGCACUGUGAUGUCACAUCCCUCACUGCUUAUGCUUGGGCAUGGGCAGAGCCUGGCUCAGACUCACUCGUGCCUGGACUCCUGGCAAGCGUGCUUGGGAGGACUGGAAGCCCGUGAGGUCAUUGGGUGCUGCUGUCAGCAACUCUCAGCUCUCAUUCACAAGACUUUGUUUCCUCAGCCCUACCUGGUUCAGGAAGCUGAGUACUGUGGGUGGUGCUUGCAGCAGCACAGUGUCACGCCAACAAGAGAGAGCAGCUGCUGUCCCCAGCUCUGCUGCAACAUGCAAACAUGGCCACGGAGACAGAGUGGAACUGCCCCAUCUGCCGUGACAUUCCAGGUGAAAUCGCUUCUGUAACACCCUGUGUCCACCUGUUCUGCCUGGGCUGCAUCGUGCGGUGGGCCAAGAGGAAACCAUCUUGCCCCCUGUGCAGGCAGGCUAUCAACAGCAUCAUUUACUCUGUUCGGUCAGAGGAAGACUUUCUGGAGAUAGUUCUUCCAAGCCCCUCGGACUCAUCCACUGCUCACCACCAGGAUGAGCAGGGGGCUGCAGAGCUGAUGCCCAGGGCUUUUGUAGCUGGCUUCCCACCUCAGGUCUGGGCAGAUUUUUUCCAGGACUGCUCAGAAAUCCUCGAGCCCUUGCUGCCCUGGCUGAACCAGGAGCUAUUGGAGCUGCUCAGGACCCGCUGGUGGGAAGUGGCUCUGGCACAGAGUGCCAUCGUAGCCAAUUUGUGCCGCUAUGGGCUGAGUGAGGAGGCCUUGGUCCGGGAGCUGCACCCCUUGCUGCAGGAGCAGACGGUGGCAUUUGUGCGCCGGCUCAUCGACGUUGCGGCUGACAGGUGCAGUGAUGAGAUCCUGCGGCAGAUGAACCUCCUGAACUCCCAUGCUGAGGAGGAGGAGGAGGAGCAGGAGGGUCCCACAGCUAUCCCUGGCCCCUCUGCAUCCCCCCAGGGGACUCGCCCUCCCACCCUGGCCUCCUCCUGCAGCCCUGUAGUCUCCAGUGUGGAAGUGGACGUUGGAACGUUGGAAGCCACCCUCCGCGGGGGGCCCGGGCGCUCUCCAUCCGCGCCCGUCCCUGCAGAGCGGGAGCAGCCCCCGGAGGAGCCCGGCAGCCGGGCAGCAGCAAUAGCAAGCCCCGCUGCCCAGGGCUACAGCCGGAGCACUUCCGCUGCUGGCCGGGACAGGGACUGCUUGCCCGAGGGGCUCCGGCGCCCAGCAAAGAGGAGGGCCUCUGGCCCUCAGGACUCUCCCCAGCCCCCGAAGAGGCCGUCCCGCCGCCGGCGGCACAAGCCAAGAACGCUUGAUAGUAGAAAAAGGAAAUAA